AUGAGUGAAAAAAAUAUCAACUAUAAGAAAGCUUCAGAAUACUGGGCUGAAAUUCCAGCAACUUUAGAUGGAGUGCUUGGUGGUUUCGGGUUUAUAUCUGAUAUAGAUAUUGAUGGUUCAACAUUGUUUUUAAAAUCGAUUCUUAGCUUAGAAAAUGCCCCAAGUACUGGAAUUGCUCUUGACUGUGGAGCUGGAAUAGGCAGAAUUACCAAAUAUUUGUUAGCUCCUCAUUUUAAUACAGUUGACAUAAUUGAACCGGAUGAAAAAUUUAUCAAUUCCAUUUCAAAUUAUGUAGGAGAAUAUAAAAUAAAAUUAGGUGUUCUGUAUUUACAAAGUCUACAAAAAUUUGAGCCUGAAAGAAAAUAUGAUGUCAUAUGGAAUCAAUGGGUUUUGGGUUACUUAACGGAUACAGACUUAACAAGUUAUCUUAUAAAAUGCAGAGAUGCUCUUUCAAGUAAUGGGGUGUUAAUUGUUAAAGAAAAUGUUACAUCAUCAGGGAAAACAGAAGUUGAUGAAACUGAUUCAUCUGUCACAAGGCCUUUAAAGUUAUACCUAAAAAUAUUUAAAUUGGCAAAAUUAAAAAGGAUAAAACAGUGCAAGCAAACAAACUUUCCUGCUGGUAUAUAUCCAGUUCACAUGUUUGCCCUUGUCCCACAUAAU